CGCUGAUAAUUGAGAUGGAUAUUUUCUGUUACAGAGCCUGUGUCGAGUGGCUCUGUUUCAUUGCUUAUCGAAUAAGAAAAGAGGGAACAAGAGGAGAUAAAAGGAACGGGGAAAGACGAAAAGAACGAGAGACAAAAAAUGAGAAAGCCAAACGACGGAGGAGAAGAAGAACAAUGGAGAUCAGUUCUCGAGGUUUUACAGAUCGUUCUUCAGUACCUUCCUUCUGUGUACGAAGUUCUGAGCAUGAGCCGCCUUUGCCAAUCACUCAGAAACUCCAUCAGACACGAAACUGCUUUGUGGGCAAACAUCGUUGUGGAUGCUCCGCUCAGCCCACGUCUCUCUGAUGAGAUUCUGUCGGAUAUCACUUCCAGAGCCGCCGGAAAGCUGACGACUCUGAUUCUCCGGCAGUGUCCGAGGAUUACGGACGAGGGGCUUCGACGUGUGGUGGACGCCAAUCCUCUUAUCACCACGAUGAUUGUGAAGGGUUGCACAGGCUUAACUCCAGAAGGGAUCGUCAUAGCGGUUCAAAUCCUAACCAAGAACAACCAUAAACUAGAGACCCUUCACGUGGACGGCAUCUAUGGAUUUACCAAAGAUCAUCUCUCAGUAAUCCGUAGUUACCUUCCGCCUUCAGCCAUCGACGUAGACGUCUGUCCCAAAUGCGACCAAGUCAGGAUGAUUCCACCUUGCUCACGGCAGUCUUGUAUGGAGCAAAGGAAAGACAGAGGGUGCAAAGGAUGCAGGUUUUGCAUCCAAAGAUGCGUGGAGUGUGGUGUGUGCGUUGUUGGAUCAGACGCAGAGGUUGAAGAAACUGUAUGCGGUGACGUUCUCUGCCUUGACUGCUGGCUUCUUCUUCUUCCUAAAUGCAGCUUCUGCAAUAAACCCUACUGCUCUUCUCACCAGCAGCUUGCUCCUACUGCCAUGGCCGAUCAGUCUUUGUUUGUAUGUGAGGCUUGUCAACUUGCUCCUAGUGCCAUGUAUGAUGACUUUGAAUGGUAAAUCUGUAGGCAUUAUUGCAUCUUUUUGUUUUUGUUUUUA